UCAAAUUGCUUAUCACGGAUGUAAAAUAUGCAAUGUUUAAGAUAUUAAAUGUUUUUAAGAAAGAAGAAGAUAUUAACUGUUAUAUUAUACAUGAUGUGUUUUUAUUUUUGAAAAAAAAUAUUACAUAUGAUGUGUUUGAUACUUUAUAGUUAUGUUCAACUGAAUAUAGUAUCUACAUCGACUCUAUAAUGCACAAAUGGUACAUUAUAACAUGUAGCAUUAUAUUUGGAUUUAGUUUUGGCUGUAUUCAUUCCAAAACAUAUAUAUAGAGCAAAAUGUACUUAGCUAUCGACUUUUCUUUUGUAUGCUCACGUUUCUCUAGAGUAAUACACAUGCGUAUUUAGAAUAUAGUAACGUACAUACUUUUUUGUUUCAUUCAACAACUAUUAAAUUAAAGAUAAGGUUCUAAAAAUGGAAAGUAGUUAUAUAAACAUACUUGGGUGAGGCAAGCCCCAUGCAGUAUUUAAUAAUGUAAUGAUGAAGACAAAUUACCAUAUGCGCGUAUAUGCUAAUAUGCAAAAACUUGUAUAAUAUAAGCUCUUUGACACUAUUUGACUAAAAUAUAAGGAGUGUCAAAACUUCGAUUGGUGGCCACAAUUUAGAAAAAAAUAAUGGUGAAUUUCCAUUCCUUAAGUUUUAUACCAUUUAUGUUGAUUUUUUUGUCAGAUUAUAGAUUUAUGAAAAAAAUUAUGAAGAAAAAAAUUCUUCUCUAAUUUCUAUGAAGAAUGAAAUGAACACCAAUUCAUAUAUUUUUUAGAUUUUUCAUUUUUUCGACUGAAUAUUUUUUUUUUCAUUUUUAUCCAUUUUUCCAUUCAAUUCAACAGUUACUGAUUGAAGCCAUAGUGUUAUUUUUUCAUUAUAUCAACACAUUAAAGAUCUUUUUAUUUUUUAAUGAUAUUCUCAUUUAAAUUUUCAUAUUGCUAACUAAUAUAUGGUUUGAUUGGUUAUAAAGAUACAUUUGCUGAGAGAAAAUUAUUAGUUGGAGUUAUAUACUACUCUCUCCGUUUUACAAAGAUAGAUUUUUCAGUGUUUUCACACAUAUUAAGAAAACACACUACUAUAAUAAAUGUAUUGUUUCCUGUAAUUUUCUAUUUUUAAUAAUUUUUAUCCAUAAUAAUUCAAUAAAGAUAAUUUAUUUUCUUGAAAAUCACAAUGUUUUUAUAUAAAAUACAAAAAGUCUAUCUUUAUGAAACAAUUUUUUUUAUAACAUCUAACUUAAUUAAACGGAGGGAGUGUUACGUAAUCUCCGGUAAAAAGAGUACAAUAUGUUUUAUGUAUAUGUGAAUUUUUCUUGGACAUCAGUAUUCUAUAAGUGCACUAUAAUUCCUUAUAAAAAGUUCUAAAAUUAGCUAACCAUUUUGCUGGUAUUUGUGAUUGUCUUUGGGAAUCAAUUAAUUAAUUGAAUCUACUUUUGUCUAUCAUCCAAAGGACUUUCUUUUGCCAUUAUUAAAAAUCAAAUUAUUAUUCGAUUUCAAAGCCUACAUAUGGUCCCAGGAAGAAGAACUUGUUGUUCGGCAUUGGAAUUGUUGGAAUAGUAUAAGCUGCCAGCAACAAUCCAACAUUGUCUUCAAUCCAAAUUACCGGUGGUGAGGUGUGUUGCUACUGGAUUCUGCCAUUGAGAUCCGAUCCAUCCCAUCUUUUUUUUUCUUUUUUCUUUUUGAUCAACCUAACCAUCCCAUCAAAACGCCAAAUAUGUGUACAAUUAAAAGUUUAUUUCAUUGUAUUCAUAAAAUAUAUCAAUAUACAUGCUCUUCUUCACCUAUAGGUAUUGGAGUUCGACUUUUUUUUUUUGGAAACACGGAGUUCGACUUUUAAAAAAUAUUGCAUCUGAUAUAUUUUCAGACAAUUUCCUACAAUUUUUGUAAGGGAUUACAGAAUUAUAAGAGAUAAAUUCAUCGCUCAAAACACUACUGUAUUUAUUAUUUAUAUAUAAUCCAAAUUAGAACUUUUUCUAUAAAAUGUUUGUCUAAAUAUGAUUGUUAGAAAAAAAUACAAAAUGGACAAAUUGAAUUUUUUUCCACAUCAAAUUUUUUUAGUCAAAAAAUAUUUUACGUUUAUAGACGUUAAUUUUAUUUUUAGUUUUUUAAUGAGAUUAUAUAUUUCUGUUGAAAAGUAAAAAGUUCGUCGCAAAGCCAAAAAAAAACUACAAGACCUAAAACAUAACUAAAUAACUGACUUUUUUUCGGAAACAACGUAGAAAAAGUUCAUUGAACUUUUGUUGCUUUAGUUGUUACAUUUUCCUAACUAUGAUUAUAUGACUUUUGUAAAAAAAAAAACUAUGAUUAUAUGACUUGCAUCAAAAAGAAACCAUGAUUAUAUGACGGUGUUAAAAAAAAAGAGAGAGAGAAGACAAUAGACAUAUGAUAAAACAUAUGUGAUUUGCAGAAUCUUUAUGGAUUUGUUGUUGAUUUAUUUUAAGAAUACCAGGUGCAUCUCAAUUACAAUAAAUAAAAUUGGGAUAUAAAUUUUGCAAUAAAAAGUUGAUACCUUUGAACUAAAAUUGAUAUAUCAUGACCGGGUGAUUGUGGUCGAGUGGUAAGGAGACGGGGCUGAGACACCAACAUGUUUCAGGUUCGAUCCACCUGAUGCGCGAAACUAAGUCACAAUUAUCCUGGUCACCCAACACGGAUAUGGGCCCAUGCUUUAAGGCCCAUUUGAAUACCCGGAGAGAGGGUCUAUCCGUAGACUGCACCUCCCCUUGGGGAUUAGUCUGGGCCUCUCCAUGAGCCUGGGAUACCCCCAGGUUAAUCAAAAAAAAUAAAAAAAAAAAAAUUUGAUAUAUCAUUUCAACUUUUAUCAAUAACAUACUACGCUAGUGUAUUUUAAAGGUAAAAUUGGAAUGUUGGACUAGAAUUGAACAGGUUGAUUUGUCCUGUGUUUUUACGUUGGUGGGGUUAGAGUUGGACUCUGGUCCAGUUGAAACCUGGUCGCCAAGGCUUUACUGGUCGGGCUGACUCGUCCCAAGGGUUAGUCGAGCAAUUUAAGUUAGUUCUAGAAACAGACCAGAUACAAGCCCUUGGCUCCAGUUCAAUACUGACCUGACCCUACCGGAUCACCUAUAAAUAGUUAACCAAAGAGGUUAAAAGGGUCUUACUCAAUGGUUUUCGGAUCCAAACCAGAAUCAGCUGACUACGUUAAUUUAUGGUCAAAUGGGCACUCGGACUAAUCUGAAUUUGGAAUGAGUAUAUUCUCUAGAUAUAUACGUACGAGGUUGGUAUCAUGGAGUUAACGAUAAUUCAUUAUUUUAUUUUGCAUUCACAUACACAUGCUAUGGUAACGCGUAUAAAAGACUGAACUAGGGAAGAACUGCAAGAAGAAAUUAUAAAAAUCAAUAAUAUAGAAUACCGACCACAUAAAUAAUUCUUAAUUGUCCCCAAAACAUGAUCGUAAUUUGAAUAUUUUAACCUUUGAUCGUUUUUCAGUCAAAUACACGCCAAAACAUGCUGAACUCUCUCCAUGCACACUAUAAGUACGCCUACACAUACUUUUUUUUAUCUCUUAACACUUCCACGAACUUCUCUCUCUCUAUCCUUUACAUUUUCUUCCAAUAAUGGCGGCUAAGUCCUUGUUUCAAAGCCCUAAUCUGAAACAUGUCUCAUUUCUAAAAUCAGACCAAACUCUUGUUCUUCCUCAUGUUGUCUCUCUUCCCAAUUCCAAAAAUACCCCCAAAAGACUCGUAGUUUCUUCUUCUUCCACUUCCUCUUCUUCUGCUGUAUUAGCACCACAUGUUCUUACUUCUCUUGUUGCUUCUCCUCCUGUAUCUCGUGCUCAGGCACCGUUAGCUAAGGUUUGGAGAGAGAUACAAGGGUGUAACAACUGGAAAGAUCUCAUCGAGCCUACUUUAAACCAUCUUCUCCAACAAGAGAUCACUCGCUACGGCAACUUAGUCUCAGCAUGUUACAAAGCCUUCGACCUUAACCCUAAUUCAAAACGUUACUUGAACUGCAAGUAUGGCAAACAAACCCUACUUCAAGAAACCGGAGUCGACCAGCCUGAGGAGUACCAAGUCACCAAAUACAUCUACGCCACACCGGACAUCAACAUCAGCAUCAGUCCGAUCCAAAACAAGGCCAAUAGGGGCGGACGUUGGGUAGGUUACGUCGCCGUUUCAUCUGAUGAAUCGGUAAAACGUUUAGGGAGGAGAGACAUUGUGGUGACGUUUCGUGGAACGGUCACUAAUCCUGAAUGGGUCACGAACUUCAUGAGCUCUUUGGCUCCGGCUAGGUUCGAUCCUCAUAAUGCACGUCCCGAGGUGAAGGUGGAAUCAGGGUUCUUGAGUUUAUACACAUCUGAUGAGAGUGAGAGCAAGUUCGGACUAGAGAGCUGCAGACAGCAGCUUCUGUCCGAGAUCUCGAGAUUGGUGAAUAAGUACAAAGGAGAAGAUAUGAGUAUAACACUCGCUGGACAUAGCAUGGGAAGCUCAUUGGCUCAUCUUCUUGCUUACGACAUUGCGGAGCUAGGUUUAAACCGGAGGAUGGGCGAGAGAGAUGUCCCGAUAACGGUCUUCUCUUUCGCAGGUCCUAGGGUUGGUAACUUGGGGUUCAAGAAACGUUGUGAGGAGCUAGGAGUUAAGGUUUUGAGGAUCACCAACGUUAACGAUCCGAUCACUAAACUUCCAGGCGUUUUAUUCAAUGAGAAUUUUAGAGUUUUAGGUGGUUUUUAUGAGCUUCCAUGGAGUUGUUCAUGUUAUGCUCAUGUUGGGGUCCAACUCACACUAGAUUUCUUUGAUGUUCAAAACAUUUCUUGCGUUCACGAUCUUGGGACUUAUAUCGAUCUUCUCAACCGGAGAAGAAUAAACUCAAGAUCAGCCGAUUCUGAUAAAGACAAGGAUAAUGACAAUUUUUCCUUGGAGUUUUUGAAAGGAGAGGGUGAGAAUAUGAUGUUCCUGAAGGGACAACGAAUGGUGCAUUGGACCAACGUCGUGGAUCUUCUUUCUUCUGUCUCUGAUCAUAUGUUGUAUUGUAAUAUUUUCUAGCCCUAGAGUGAUUCAGGCUAGGUUUAGGGUUUUUAGAUGGAAGCAAGUACUUCUAAGUUUACACACAGUGUAUAAAUUGCGGAUAAUCACAACUAGAGCCGUUCUUAGAAUAUUUAAGACCAGAAGCAAAAAACAAAAAUGUGGCUGGAACUGUACCAACUUAUGGACGAACCUGUGAUCUGAAGAAGGUGAGAUGAGUGCGCGUUGCACUAAACUAAAAAGGAUAUAUAGAUUAUGUGGCCGGAAGUAUUGAUAAAAUAAACGGUCGCAAGCAAUUGCUUCAUUUGCUUGAUGGGGCCGCUCUGAUCACAACAAUUUCCUUAGAUCACAAGAAAGUGGAGAUUGUAUAUUUUUGUGUCUGCAUUUAUUUAUAUGUAUAUGGUUAAAUUAUAGUGUAUACCUUGAAACCAUUAUAAAUUGACUUAGUAUCAGUCAUCUUUUCAAA